ACGUGGCCGCGCGGAUUGGCCUCACGCCGUUGGAGCUGGCGCAACGCGACGGGCGGGGCCAGGAAGUUUGUUCCCGAGUUCGGAGCCCAGGAGUCCCCGUGGCCGUCGCUCAGGUGCCUUCCGCCGGGUCGGGAUGGAGCUGCCUGCCGUGAACUUGAAGGUUAUUCUCCUGGUUCACUGGCUGUUAACAACCUGGGGCUGCUUGGUGUUCUCAGGCUCCUAUGCUUGGGGCAACUUCACUAUCCUGGCCCUGGGUGUGUGGGCUGUGGCCCAGCGGGACUCUAUUGAUGCCAUAGGCAUGUUCCUUGGUGGCUUGGUGGCCACCAUCUUCCUGGACAUUAUCUACAUUAGCAUCUUCUACUCAAGUGUUGCCACUGGGGACACUGGCCGCUUCAGUGCUGGCAUGGCCAUCCUCAGCUUGCUGCUGAAGCCCUUCUCUUGCUGCCUCGUCUACCACAUGCACCGUGAGCGAGGGGGUGAGCUCCCCCUCCGCCCGGAUUUCUUCGGACCGUCUCAGGAGCAUAGUGCCUACCAGACAAUUGACUCAUCAGAUUCACCUGCAGACCCCUUUGCAAGCCUGGAGAACAAGGGCCAAGCUGUCCCCCGGGGGUACUGAAGCUGUCCCUGGCCAUCCUAGUGCCCAGCAGGAUGCUUGUCACCCUCUUUACCUGGACUACAAUGGGGCACCCUCCACUACAGAGGUGGCCUGAGUCAUGUGCCCUUGGAGGUCAAGAGGCCCUUGCUUCCAGCUGAGAGGAGCCGAGUUCUAACUCUCCAGGCUGCCCUGCCCCUUUCUUCAAGACACCUGUUAACCCCUGAGCUAGAACUGUAGUUGGUUUCUUCCCUUCUUACCCUGUAACUAUAACACACUCCUGCCGAGCUAUGCCGAGUGCUCAGGGCCAGCCAGGCCUUAUAGGUCAAUGGUCAGUGCCUCUCAGGCUAUUCCAAGAUGACCCAGCCCUUCCUGGAAGCUCUGUGAGCUGUGAGCUUCUGGUCCUGCUCAGCCUGUUCUGCAUAGGAGCAAAGUUCUGUUGCUUCUCACUGCCUCAUGACUUGGCACCUGAGAACCCCAGGCCUGGAUGUGCAGUAGGUCUGCAGAGGCCCCUCUCAGAGCCCUGACAUUAAAAUUCAGGGGUUCUGUGGCUGCACUGUGUCUGAGCCAUAUUUGAGCUCCAGGCUCGGACCUGCCUGCAGUCUUGGUGCGAUUUCACCUUUGCAUCAGUUACAGGUGGAACAUGGUCUGAGCCACCCAUUGUAUCAAGCCUGGUAGAAGGAAGGGCCCCUUUGAGCCUACCUGGAGGAGCCUGGCUCCAGCCAGACACGGUGACCGAGGAAGUGCUGGUCAGUGUGGCAUGUAGACAGACAUCUGUCCUCUGAAUCUAAGUGACUUAAUUUCACUGCCUCUGAUCCUGAGCCAUGAGGCAGGGCAUGAGUGGCUUCCUCUAGCCCCUGCGUUCUGACCACAGUUAACUGCAUCCCGAGGUGCCAGGGCUCCCCCUCUUACUGCCAGAUCUCUGGGGACAGAUACUUGAAGACUUAUGGGGAACCACAGGCUGAGGUGAGAGUCCUCACCUCAGAAUUGUCUACAUGCCUGUAGACAGGCAGGGAGGCUGAGUGACAGCAUCUGUGAAAAGUGAAUCCCACCCCCCUUUCUGUGUGGGGUCACUGUGGGCCAUCGGCUGUGUGGAACACCAUCCCAAUCCAUAUAAUCAGCACAUAACCCAGACCUGUUAGCAUCCUGAGCCCAGUGUGAGCAGAGUGAGGAGCAGCAUGUACCACUAGAGGGCGGUAGUGGUAGCUUUGUUUAGGCUGUGUGCAGGACAGUAUAAAGCAUGAGCUGCGGCCCAGAGAAACAGCUCAGCAGCAGGUAAUGGGAGUCUACUACUGAGCGUGACAAACUUGAGAAAGUUGUCAUGGUAUGAGGUUUUACACACGUGCACAUGUGCGCACCCCCCCACACACACACAUUAAAAACAAAUGCAUACAACCCAGAAUAUUAAAAACAUGCCUGGUGGGUGGUUAAAUCCCAGCACUCGGGAGGCAGAGGCAGGUCAAUCUCCCAAUUCAAGGCCAGCCUGGUCUAUAGAUUGAGAUCCAGGACAGCUAGGGCUGUUACAUAGAGAAAUCCUAUCUACAAAAACAAAACAAAAAGCUCUGGGACACUUGAGAAGUUCCUGAGAAUAUGGCCUGAGGCAAAGAAGAUGAAAAACCCAAGGUGUUUUCUCCUGUUUCUGGAAGGAUUCUUGGCAGAAGGAAGGCCUGGAGUAUCAGUGCCUGUGUGUCUUGGAAUAGGUCAUGCUGGCAGAGACUAAUAAGGUGAGGAAGGGGCUUGGCCUAAGUAGCUAAGACAGGUCACAGAGCCUGCUUCCUCCCCCAGUCUGACUGACUUUAGGGAAGGGUAGAGGAGGAGUCUCUGGAAGAUCUCUCAAAGCAGACUAGAGAGGGGGGCUGGGCUUUCUCAUUGGUCGGAGGCUGUUCCACAGUGGGUGACAUACUUCCAGCUGAUGGAGGGAAGGCCCUGAGGCAAACAAGCAUGGAGGGGCCCAGUGCUGACCACCUGCCUUACAAAAUAGCUCCAUGAAGAGGAACAUGGGGCCAGAAUAGGUGGGUGGAGAGGAGACCUGCCCUAGAGGCAGUAGUGCACUAGAGAAGGUCUAAGUGGAGGGCAGCCCCCAGGAAGCCUGACCUGGAACACUGGCCUGCCUGUGGUUAGGACACAGGCGUUGCUGGAGCGCUGGGUGUCAGCAGAAGAGCAGGUUGGGAGUCACCGUGGGGACUGGCUUCCAUUGAGAGUGUUAGAGCAUGUGUCGGAAUCUGAAUCCGCUGCACGAGAGCUCAAGAGAGCAUGCGUUGCCAUCAGAAUCUCAAUUUGACACACCUUAGAAGGAUAGUUUGUAUUUGCAGACUGUGGGAAUGUGACAAGCUGUCAACUCCCGGACACACUCCGAAGGUGGGCCAGCAGAAUCUGCGGAUGCACUGAAGAGGGAGAAGCCAGGAAUCACUAGCAGCAGGGUUGGGGCUGGACCCUGUAGUAGACACGGACUGGAGGGCAAAGAGGAGGCCAGGAAGGCUGUGCUUGUGGAAUGACAGUCUUCAACCAGGUGUCAUUCACCGGCACCGGCCUUUGUGCCACAAGUUCCGAUGGUGAUUUGGAAACAGGCUGGUCCCCAGGUUUUAGUCUAGAGUCUGUCAUUUCAGGGAGGUCUCUUUUUGGUUGUCUGCAGAGCUGAAACUGCUUGUCCAGUUUGUAAAUCUAUUGCUUGUUUGUACUAAGUUGAGUCUUCCUGAGAAACUGCCCCAGAGGCACUCAGUGUUCUUGCCUGCCAAACUGCUGGUCUGCCCCUACUCAGAGCUGACCUCAGUCUCCAGAAUAACGCUGCAGGUCCAGCCCUCUCUUCAACCAGACAUCCUUGUUUUAAAUCUCAAAAGUGGGCCAGUGAGAUGGCCUGCCAGGGCAGGGCUUUGCCACUAAAAUAUGAGUUUGAUCCCUGGGCCCCAAGGGGAGAACCAUCCAUGUUUGUGUGGUGGCACAUGCCCCCACAAAUAAAUGUAAUUAAAUCCUAAAGGUACCCUGAGAUUUCUGUAUAACAAUUGUUUUUAAAAUCUCACUGUGCCUCAGUUUCUUGAUCUGAAAAGUGGGAAUAAGAUGGGCUAUUGAGAUAGCUCAGUGGGUAAGGGUACAUAUAUACUGCCAAGUCUGAUAUCAGACUUGGGUUUGAUUCCUAGGUCAUGUAUAAGAAGAGAAGCUUCUGAAAGCUAUCUUCUCGCCUCCAUAUGAACACCAUGACAGGGCACACACACACACACACACACACACACACACACACGAUAAAAAUGUAAAUUAAAGUGAGGAUAAGAAUCGUGCAACUCAGGGACUAGUGCAGGUUGAGAAUAGUGCAACCUCAAUGGUCAAUAAAUGUUAAAGCUUAUUGUA